UGAAAUAGGCACUACAAAACAGAAACCUCCAUCGAAACAAAUUAAAGACUGGUCUGUCAUUUUUCUCGAUCCCUCCAUCUCUCUGCAUCUCUUCUCAAAAGCCUCCCUUCAACGAGGCCCAUAGGAGAGACAUUGAGAGACACUUUAGCACUCAUAAGACAGAGGCCUGCCCCAAGAAAUUGAGUUUUUUUGCUUGAAAUCUCGAAGAGAGUCACGUUAGAGAGAGAAAGAUCUAUAAUUGCCACCAAGUCCAGUUCUUGUGUCGAUUGAUUAACGAAAAGUGAAUUGUGUUGCAGAGUUGGUUUUUGAGGCUGAGAUAUGCAUUUAUAGAGAUCCUUUUGAGGGGAUUUGAUUUUGCCGUGGAGAACUGAAAGUGGGCUUUUUGUUGUUAGGGAGAAUGUGGAUAAUGUGGAGGCAUCUAGCUUGACUCCGUGUGCUUAAAGUGGGUGUAGAGAAAGAGCUUUUUUGUUUUUGCAUAGAAAUGGCUGAUGCAGCUGGGUUAAUGGAGGCUGCUGGGGCUAGAUUUAGUUCACUGGAGUUGAUCGGUAGAGGAUCAUUCGGUGAUGUUUAUAAAGCGUUUGAUAAGGAGCUUAACAAAGAAGUUGCCAUCAAAGUUAUUGAUUUGGAAGAAUCCGAGGAUGAAAUUGAAGACAUUCAAAAGGAAAUUUCUGUUUUGCAACAGUGCCGAUCUCCAUAUAUCACUGAGUACUAUGGAUCCUAUCUUCACCAGACAAAACUAUGGAUAAUUAUGGAGUACAUGGCUGGUGGAUCUGUUGCUGACCUACUGCAAUCAGGUCCUCCACUGGAUGAAAUGUCAAUUGCUUGCAUUUUACGAGACUUGCUGCAUGCUAUUGAAUAUUUACACAACGAACAAAAAAUUCACAGAGAUAUUAAAGCUGCCAACAUUUUGUUGAGCGAGAAUGGUGAUGUUAAGGUUGCAGAUUUUGGUGUUUCUGCUCAAUUAACAAGUACUAUAUCUAGGAGAAAGACUUUUGUAGGAACACCAUUCUGGAUGGCUCCGGAGGUGAUUCAGAAUUCAGAAGGAUAUGAUGCAAAGGCAGAUAUUUGGUCUCUGGGGAUAACUGCUAUUGAGAUGGCAAAAGGGGAACCUCCACUUGCCGAUCUUCACCCUAUGAGGGUUCUCUUUAUCAUACCUCGAGAUAAUCCACCACAGCUUGAUGAGCACUUUUCCCGUCCUAUGAAAGAUUUUGUCUCAUCUUGUUUAAAGAAAGUUCCUGACGAGAGGCCAAAUGCUAAGGAUCUUCUUAAGCACCGGUUUAUUAGAAAUGCUAGAAAGAGCCCAAGGCUUCUGGAAAGAAUAAGAGAGCGCCCGAAGUACCAAAUAAAGGAUGCAGAAACCCCCAGCAAUGGCCGUAAAGGAAUCGGGGAGGGUUCUGAUACCGUGAAGGUGGCAAGAGACAUAAAGCCUGAUGGAACUGUUCGAAUCAGUGGUCAGGGAAAACCCUUCAAAAAUGCUGGAUGGGACUUCAGCAUUGGUGGAUCACAGGCUACAGGAACUGUUAGAAGUGCUGCAAGACCACCUCAGGUUAGAGAAAAGAAAACAGAUAUUUCAUACAAUAAGGAUACCCAAAGAAGAGCUUCAGAGAGUGGUAACCAUUUGUUAUCUGCAUCUGGAAAUGCACUUCAGGAAUCACUAGAUUUAUCCUUUGGUAAAGAUGCUAGGGAUUCAUAUCACGAUGAUCGUCAAAAUAACUCACUUGAUGAUGAUGAUUUGUCCGUGAGUGGAUCAGGAACUGUUGUCAUCCAUACUCCUAAAGGAUCUCAGUCUUCUGCCAUAUUUCGAGAUCAAAGCAAUGCGUCUAGUAGCUCAUUUGCUUCUUUUGAAGAUGCUUCUACCAGUGGAACAGUUGUUUUCUAUGGUCAACAUGAUGAAUCUGAUUCUCCUCGGACUCCUAAAUCCAGAUUAGGAAUGCAAGAGAGAACUUCACGUGCCUCACUAGAAGACAGUGCUCUAAAUCUCGCUGAGGCAAGGGCUGCAUUUCAAGGAGGGUUGAGGAAAGGAAAUGCUAGAGAAAGGUUUGUUCCAAACAAGAAUAACAGUGAUGGGCUGGAGAGCAGAAGAAGAGAGACAUUGACUAACAGCUCUGAUUCGUCCAGAAGUUCUCGUGAAUACUCUGCUGUGCCAAAAGCUUUUUCAAGAUCACGCCAAGCAAGCGAUGAUGAAGAAAGUGCUAGAAUAGCAUCAUCGUCAGCACCUUUGUCAGUUUUGCUUAUCCCAUCCUUAAAAGAGGCUGUUGCUGAUGAUUCAGAAGGAUCAGUUGUGCAUGCAGUAACAAAUUCACUUGUAACUAUGGAGCGCUUAAAGCCUGGAUCUUGUGACGUCUUGGUCAGAAGUUUGCUUCAGCGAUUGGCAAGCUCGAAAGAAUCUUCACUGAAAGAUCUGCAGGAGCUUGCAGCUCGCCUCUUAAGCAAGGGGAAGCCAGCCUCAGAAGAAACCCAAAAUGCAAAUACAGAAGCUGACAACAGGAAAAAGCAACCGACCAAGGAAUUUAAUUCAAAUGCCAAUUUAAGCCCGCUUGCGAGGUUUCUGCUCUCAAGAUGGCAGGGACAAAGUUCUUGAAAAUUUGAAAAGGAAGAGCUUGGAGGGUGGCUGAGUGCAUCAUCUUUCUUUUUGUAGUGUGUUACCUGUUUACGCAUUCUUUCAGAUUUGAUGUACAUAUCAUUGUAAGAAAUUGUGCGUUUAUAAUAAUUUUUUAUUAUGAUUACUUGCCCUUUUCAUAGUCUAUCAGUUGUAGCAGCAUAAUUGCUGUCUAAUUAGGGGUGGGGUUUGCUUUUGUUAGCAGUGUAAUUUAAGAACAUUUAUUGUAUUUAUUAUUACAUUCUGGUAUAAAUUGUCCCAAAUCUUGAGUCAA